AUGUCUUCCCAAGAUGUACCAAGUCCUGCUGUCAAAUGCAAGCGACGUUGUGUUAAAGUCCUGCGAGCGAUUUUCCCUCACUUGUUCCUGGUUUCCCUGCUGGUGACGUACGCUGUGGUGGGAGCGUUCAUCUUCCAGCAACUGGAGAGUGGGAUCAAGGAAACGGAGGAUUAUGAUCAGUUCCUCAAUAGGUUGUGGAAUAUUACCCUGACCUCAGAGAGUUCAAAAGGGAAUAAGACUGCAAAGAUGUUCUUCAAGGAGAGAGUGAAGAUGGAGAUGGAAAAUUUCCAGUCACACUGGUUAAUUCGUAAAAGUAACUGGACCUUUCUGGGCUCCUUGUUUUUUUCCUGUACAGUGUUCACAACAGUGGGCUACGGUCACAUCUACCCGAUAACCACGGCGGGGAAGAUAGUCUGUAUGUUCUACGCCAUGUUUGGGAUCCCUGUCAUGCUGCUGGUCAUCACGGACGUUGGCGACAUGUUGGCCGCUCUGCUCUCCAGAGCGUACAACAAAAUCAGAAAGCUGCUGUUGAAGAACGCAGUCACUCCGCCACCGUCAGCCACGCCCUCAAGGUGGUCAUCCUUCAAACAGAGCCUGACCUCCCAGCGGUCCACCUCCUCGUUCAAGAAGGGCCCACACGUCAUCCUGACCCCCAUGGGCCCCGUUAACAUCACCAAAGUACUCAACACCCAGUCCUCUGUGAAGAGUAAAUCCGAGCGCUUGCGGCACACAGAGAUAUUCGAGAAGAUAAUCAUGAAGGAGAACUUCAACUCCGAAGUUUUCCGGGAAAACAGGCGGGACAGGAGCAAGUCGUGUCCGCAACUGGAUGUAAAGUCACUGGAAGACAACAGCGGGUUUCAAAGCCUGGGGUGCGAGCUGGAGAAGCUUGACGUGCCCAUCAUCCUGAUCUUGGUCAUCGUUAUCACAUACAUUCUCUUUAGCGCUGCGAUGCUCUCUAUUUGGGAGAAUUGGGACUAUCUGGAUUCCUUCUACUUCUACUUCAUCACCAUCACCACCAUCGGCUUUGGAGACUUUGUCCCCGAGCAUCCUAACUUCUUCAUGAUAACGUCAGUGUUAAUCAUCACGGGCAUGACAAUCAUGUCCAUGGCUUUCAAACUGGCUCAGAACAGGAUAGUUCACUGCUACAAGGAAGCCAUGAAAUGGAUCCACAGCAGCAAACGAAUUAAGUACAAAGUCAUCUAAGGUUUUCAGGCAAUUUCAUUCAGAAAAUCAUUCAGUGAAGAGUUUUGCAAUGUUAAAAAAAAUGCAAGAGCGAUGUUACAUAAUGAUCUCCUAAUGCUACUGCACUCACGAUUGGAUCUUACUCAGAAUUUGCAUCAAAGGUGGCCGUUUUUAGCAUAGCAAUUCCAGGGAGA